GCUGCUGAUUCUCCAUUCGUUAAAACCCUGUUUAUAUUUUAAAGUACCUCUUUACAUUAACAUUAUAAAAAUCACUUGUCCAUGAAGACGUCGACUAGAAACUUAGUUUAUAUUAAAGUAUUUGUACAAUAGUUUGUUAUUGUCUCCAAUAUGGCGGCACCCGUUGCUGUGCUCUCCUCAAACUGACCAGUCAUAUUGGGCAGAGGUUGGUAACGUUGACGUUAUUCUCUAUGUUUUAAUAACGGACAUAUUUCAGAGCUUGGACAGCUGUAGGAUCCACCGUGAAGCGGACGCUGCAUACAAUGUUACACACAGCUCCCCGCCUGCCCAAAGUGCUGCAGCUCACCCUGGCGGUAAUCAAACCGGAUGCUGUGGCUCAUCCGGUCAUGUUAGAGGCUCUUCACAAGAUAAUCCUGAACAACAAUUUCGUGGUUGUUAAAUGCAAAGAUCUUGCGUGGAGGAGACGGGACUCCGAGAGGUUUUAUGCUGAGCAUUCAGGGCGAUUCUUCUACCAAAGACUUGUUGAAUUCAUGUCAAGAGUGACGGAGAAAUCCUCCAGCCGCGGUCCGAUGCGAGCUUACGUUCUAGCCAGAGAGGACGCCAUACGCCACUGGAGAGAGCUGAUGGGACCGACCAAGGUGUUCCGAGCCAGAUACACCUCGCCUGCUACCAUCAGGGCCCGCUUUGGUCUCACGGACACGCGAAACACAACUCACGGCUCAGAUUCUGUUGAGUCGGCACAAAGAGAAAUACGGUUCUUCUUCCCGGACUUCUGUAUGGAGGAGUGGAUGGAGAAGGAGGAGCCGUCGUUUCGAUCAGGACGACUGCAUUACGACCAUCAAAAACAGAUUCACACACUUUCAACCCCGAGCUGACCCCAGAGCUGCUGCCGCAGUCUCGGAUCCCCAGAGGGGCACUCAGACCGUAAAGCUCCCAGAGAGGGUGCCACAAUGUGACGCAGAUAUAAUGUCUCAUGCUGGAUGAUCCUGGAAGAAGUGCAUGUCGUUUAUUUGUCACCACAGGUCCUCAAAGUGCCAAUUUGUUCAUCCCAUGUUUGUGUCAGUAAAACUGUUUUUUUUUUUUCAUUUAAAAGAAGGACCAUGAAUGUU